CCCGUUUCCAAAUCACAAUCCGUUGUUUUCUCCAUUUCUCCAGAUCAUUUACAUCCAAAAUUCUUCCGUUUUGUCACCAUUGUUUCUCUCUCUCUCUUUCAUGGCCUCCGCCACCGUCGACCACCGCCACCACCACCAACUGCAUCUCGAAUCUAUUCCAGUCGUUGACCUCCGCCUCAUCUCCCAACCCGAACUCCUUUCCCUCUCUUUAUGCUCCUCCUCUCCUUCUCCUUCCAAUGCCGACACCGAACUCUUCACUCCCAAAAUUGACCGCUCCGUUUUCAACGAGUCAGCCGGCAGCCGCAAACAAACCUUCUCCCGCCUCCGUCUUGCUGCCCCGCGCAACCACCUACCCCACCCCCACCAUUCCUCUCCUUCCUCCAAACCCUUCACUUCUCUUUCUCAACGCCUCAACCCUGUCAACCCCGGACCUCUUGACGAAGAAAGCUCGAACAUCCUCUCUCUGCUAAAAUCACUUUUCAACAUAGAUGAUUCUCUAACUUCUAACACCAACGAAGACGAACCGGACGACGAUAAGGAUCUUGUGCCGGUUCAAAUCGAAUACGAAAACGGGAAGGACAACGGGAAUUCGCUUUUGCAGAAUAUCCCGGUCGGCAUUGUUAGUUGUAGCGGAAGUAAAAGGAAGCGAGGGCGGCCGAGGAAGGACCAGAAAGAUAAUUUGCUGAUUGAGAGCGAGAAUUUAGUAAUUGAGGAACAUCAAGAAACGGCAGCCUUUGAUAGGGUAAGCGAGUCGGUGAAUGCUGGUGGUAUUAGCAGUUGUAGUGAAAGGAAGAGGAAGAGAGGGCGGCCGCGUAAGGAGGAGUCUCAAAACAGAGUGAUUGUGAGCGAGGAAAAGAAAGUUGAGAGUGAAAUUGAGAGGGUAGCAUUGGGAAAUGUGGAGGCGAUUUUGGGAAUUGAAGAGGAGUUGAGGAGGAGGACUGAGGCGAUAGGAACAGAGGCGGAAUUAUUGGAGUUUAUGGGGGGUUUAGAGGGGGAAUGGGCGAGUAAAAGCCAGAAGAAGAGGAUUGUUGACGCGGCUGGUUUUGGGAAUGUGCUCCCUCAAGGGUGGAAACUUAUGCUCUUUGUAAAGAAGAGAGCCGGCCAUGUUUGGUUAGCUUGUAGCCGAUAUAUAAGCCCUAAUGGGCAACAGUUUGUGUCCUGCAAGGAGGUUUCUUCAUGCUUGCUCUCUGCUGGUGAACUUAAAGAUUCAAGCCAGUCAACUUCAAGUCUCACUGGCCGUGGCAUUGGUUCAGGUGUCAAACCAACAUCCGAAAAUUUUCCAAUUAUAUGUACAUCUUCUGAACAUGAGAGGCAAGCUCCAUUACUAAGAAUGGGAAGUCCAUGGGAGGUCCAGAGAGCUGAAACAAUAAAAUGCCACAAAUGCACCAUGACUUUUAAUCAGCAAGAUGAUUUUAUAUGCCACCUGUUAUCAUCUCACCAAGGUACAGUAAAGAGUUCUGGACAUGGUACAUCAACUAAUGAGGAGGUGAUAAUUAAAAAUGGAAAAUAUGAGUGCCAGUUUUGUUAUGAACUGUUUGAAGAAAGGAGUUGCUACAGUAGCCAUCUUGGUGUCCACAUGAAGAACAAUACGAAGAAAGUUGAAGGUUCAGUUGGAGUAUUAACAAUGCAAAACAGCGUUCAGCCCUUCAAUUCCGCUAGCAACAGUGAGAUAAGACCUGGUUUUCCUUGUAGCGGAGCUAAUGAAAAUGCUCUAGUUGAAACGUAUACUGAUAAACACAGUUACGAAUGCAAUUUUUUGUUUCGUGAGAAAACAUUAGCUGACAAAACCUGUGAUAAACAAAAUAAAUUUUGUAUCAUAACUAAUAAUAAAGGGGAGGUCACUGAUACUGCUGCUGUUGAACUUAAUGUUUGUUUGGGUUCUGAAAAAGUCUUUUUUACUGCUGAGAGUAGUGGGAUGUCUCAAUCUUCAGAUAAAGUAGAUGUUCGUUUGGCCCUUCACUCAAUGGAGGAGAAGAAGAGAGAGAUGGCUUCAAACUUCAGUUUACUUGCUCCAAAUGCUGAGGGAAAUAUGUUUAGUGAUGAAAAUCUUGAGUAUAGACAUUUUGCUAGCUUUCUGAAAGGGAUGGAACCUGAUUGUGAGGAGAAGGUUGUAGGGGAUGAUCCAAAAGCUAAUUGUGCCAAUACUUGCACACGGCCAGAUAGUGUCACAAUUGAUGCCGAGCAGCAAAAUUGCUCUGAAAGUUGUUUGCUCACUCUAUCCAGCAACGAACAAAGAGGUAAUCUUGUAGAUUAUGUGAAAGGGGCUUCUGUUACAAUAGAUUCUGCACGAGAAGUAGGUUCUGGAUGUGGUUUAACUUCAUCUAAAGAUGAUAAAUCAUGUGUCAUCAACAAUAAUUUGUUUCUUGCCUUUACAGGCACAUUAGAUGAUCCAGAAUCUAUUGUGGUCAGUGAAUCUGGGAAUAAUGACUCUACUAUUGGUUUUCAAACCAAUCACCGCGUAAAGAAAUCCUCACAGGACAGUGAAAGUGCCUUGCUUACUUUACAUGGAAGGGAGCAAAUCUUUCCUUCUGAUAAUAAUGCAUUUAAGGUCUCUAGUCGGAGAGUUGAGGUGUCUGAAUUUGACGAAAUCCAAAAGUCUAGUGGAUUAAUUCAAGCUGGCAGCCAUGACAGUGGAUUGGAUAUGAACAUUCUGGCUAGUGUCAGGCAAGCAAAGACUAGAGAUUUUCUAUUUGGUCCAUCUUCAUAUAAGAAAACAUUUACCAGCACAGUGGAGGAGUGUAAACAGGUUAAAGGGUCUGAGAGCAGUUUACAUGAACAGUCUGCUAAUCAGCAAAACAGUAGCAAAGAAACUAGUAUGAAUAAAGUUUCUUUCAUUACAAUAGAGGAGCCCAAACACAAAGUGGAAAGCUCCUUGAUUGGCAAUGCUCAUGCCAGACUAGGCGCAUUUGCUCUGACAGGCACUGGGCAGGAAAGUUCUUCCCCUCUUUCUUCUGAGAAUUGGGAGAAAUUUGCUGGUAAAAAUAAUGUACCAUGUAUUGGCAGCGGCACUUUUCAUGAACCAAAGCAAAAUAAAGGUGCUUUUGAGGAUUUAUUCUGUCUAUCUGGUAGUGAGCAAACACAGGUUGCAAAUAAUUUGAGUAUGAUUCAUGCAGGCACAGCUCAUGAUAGGUCCAGGUUACAGGAUUUUGAAAAUGCAAGGAAUAAUGAAAUAAUGAUUGGUUUUGGCAAUCAUGCUCGACGUACUGAGAGUUCCAUGACUGGACUCACAUGGAAAAGUGAUGAAGGAAGUGUCCUGCUGAGUGGUUUGGCUGAUACUUCAUCUCAAUUGUUGCAAUCAUCUGGUUAUUACUCAACAUUUGAUGUGAUGUCACAUAAGGGUGAAGGUGAAAUGUUCAACGUUAGUGGGAAGUGCAGCAAUGUAUCAGGUUUUAAAGGGCUGAGAUCAGAUAGCAUAGAACAUAUGGAAUAUAAUAUUUUAACUGCUCAAACAAGCUCUCGUUCAGGAGAUUCCAAGGUACCAUCAUAUGAUUCGGAGAUGGCUCUAACAUUUGAUUCCUCUAUUUGGCUUGGGAAGGAAGCUUUACCACUGUUGCCUAAGGUAGAUGGCCGACAUCAGGUCACUACCUUGUGUUCCUGGUGUGGAAAUGAGUUUUAUCAUGAGGCUGUUGACAUUGAGGCACAGAGAAACUCAAUGGCUGUUAUGUGUGCCAGCUGUCGGGCGAGAUUCUCUAGGAAUCGUGAUUUUCUGUAGAAGAGCGUGUCUAUGAACACACCAGCAUAACGAGGGAUUGCUUCUUGCCAGUGUAAUGACCAAUAUCUGUGAUUUAGACAGCAGCUGAAACCAGAUGGAAGGCUCAUGAAACCAGCUGAAACCAGUCUGCUGAAGGGUUCCUCAAAUUAUCCUUAGGUGUCCUGGCAUGAUGCAGAGAUUGCAGUUCUGGUAUGACUCUUUGUUUGGCCUCUUUUCCCCUUGGUGCAAAUGACUUCUUCAUCAGUUCUGUUGAGAUUUGACUUUUGAGGAUCUUGUGUGGUUUCUUUAUCUCCAGCUCAAGAGAGAAUCAAGAGAAAAUUUUUACACUGAUCUGGGCAUUAACCGGAAUGCAUAACCUUCUUCUGUUUUACUUUUGCACUUUAAAAAUGUUUGGUGCAGCAAUUAUUUUUUGACGAUUGUGCUGCUUGGGGCCUUGGCACAUUUGUAUAAAUAACACAAGUUGCCUCCCCUCCCAAUUUCUCCUCCUCGGCUUUUACUACCUUUUGUUGUGUUAAAGUCUACCCUAACGGCCUGGGUUAGCAUCAGUGAGCUAACCCCCCCCCCCCCCCCCCCCCACCUCUGGAUUCGCUUUGAUCAUUUCUUGUAAGAUUAGUUGUCAAAAAACUUUAUGGUGUUGUAUUGGAUAUCAGGUAGCUUUUCAUAGCCUUAGCAAUUCAAGAGAAGAAAAGAAAGAUAUUUUCAAGAUA